AAUCAAUAUAGGUCUUUCAUAAAGUUCUUGGAGAUAAUUUGUUGUCAAUAUGGCCGCGAUCAUACUCUUACGUUUGAAAGAAAAAAAUUGAUUUAAGUGAUGUCAGACUCAAGUCUCCUAGAGUUACUUUCAGUUACUGAUAAAGCUGUUAAAGCUUUGAACAAAUCUCAUUCCAUGCAUUCAGAACAUUCUUUAGAAUCAUCAGUCGAGUCAACUGUAAGUCAGUCUUCAGCGGAUCAUGGUAUUAAAAGUCAGAUAGAACAUAAGAAACAAGAGCCCAUUUGUUAUCAAUCUGAUGUUAGUACAACAGCCAGUGAUGUCCUUAUAAGGUCUACUUUGAUAGAUGACGAAGGAAAACAACACUUAUCAAGCAGCUUAGUUGCAGUCAGAGGUGAAAAAAAUGAGUCAAAAUGUUCAAAAACAUCUAUAGGCAUAGACAAUUUUAACAGCUCAGGACCACAGAAAGUUAAAAUGUCUACCAAAAAAUUAAGGGAGAUCAGAUCUCCUCGUGAUGAAGAACCACACAUUUUAUUUUCAAAUAUUUUAUCUCAAACUGUAAAUUCUUUGUCAAAUGAAUGCUUAGAAUCAUAUUCAGAAGUUAAAACAAAGCCAUAUGUCACCAGACACUUUAGAGAAGUUAAUUCUCAGUUACAAAAACCAAUAAAAGAUUGUUCAGAGAAAAGCCCACCAAAUUUAGAUAUUAUAUUACAUAAUGACAGUCCUGUAACAUCUAAUGAAACUACACAAUUUGAGUAUGAAAAUAGUACUUUACCCAGUUCUAGGAACAGCAGCAAAGAUAGUGAAGUUCUUAUUGAACGUCAUACACCAAAAGUUACAAGAGCUACAAAAAACUAUCCUGCAGGAAAUAAGGAAAGUUUACAGAUGAGACCUAAACAGAUGGAGUCAAAAGAUAGCUUAGAUCUGAUACCACAUAAAGAAAUAGAAUCAGGGAACUGCAGCUUGUCAAACAGUGAAAAACUAGAAAUAAUUACUGUCCCUGAAAGAAUUGUAACUGUAUCAGCUAGGACAUCUUUGUCAACAGAAAUAUCGUACAAAGAAAAGGAAGACAUGAUGAUACCACCAAGAUUAUCUUCAGACUUACAGCCAGCUAAAAAGUUAUCUAAUCAUCUAAUAAGACAAGGUGCCCCAGUAGAAGGAAUGGAAUUACAAGACAGAAAGAAACUAUCAUCUGAUGUACAAAUUUCUCAGUCAACAGUGUUUGAUAGACAGAAAAUCAAAGAAGCUCUUACCAAAAGACAUGAAAACUCUGGACCUGUAAAAAGAGUUAUCCAACCAAAAUUUGUUAAACCUAAGGGUACAGAUUCAUCAGAGACAAACAAGACGGAUCAAAUGACCGCUUCAGUAGCAGCAAGUGUGGCAAUGGCUGCUACAGCGCCUUUUCUUCAAGCACAACAAGAACUUGAAAAUAGAAUGAAAGAUAUGUUAGCAAAAAUUUCUGAAAUACAGAAUGGUAAGAAAGUAAAUACAAGUGUAGAAGAUGACAGAGUGAAAAAACUUGAGAGGCAAGUGACAUCACUCACAGAACAAAGAAUUCAACAUUUAGAAAAAUUACAAGAACAUCAAGCUGAAUUACAGGCCAAGAUAUUGAUGAUGACCAGAAGUAAUAGAUCACCUCCUCCAGAGACACCUGUCAUAUACAGACAACAAGGCAUCUCAAGUUUUAAGCCAAAAAAAGAUUCUGACAAGAGUUCAAGUAGACCAAAGAGUACCAGCCCAGCUAGAAGACCAAAAACAACAAGCCUAUCAAGAUCAAAUCUCAGCAAAGGGAUGACAGAUGAUCCAUGUGAAUCACCAUUUGACACACCAAACCCCAGAAGUAAAGCCCCAAAGCCAGUCGCAUUUAACACAUCAAGAAUGAAGACACAGGAUAAAAACAACCACACAAAUAUGGGUAUCCUUGAAGAAAUAUUAGCCUCAUCAGAAUCUCCAAGGCAGACAUUUGCAUCACCCCAGCUUCCAGUGUUACAGUCAGAUAUUGAUGAACCCCUGUGUAAAUCACCUGAAUUAAGAAAAGCAGAAAAGCUUGUAGGUGACUUAUCUGGUAUAAAUGAUGAUGUCAAGUCACUUGUUCAUGAGGUUGAUAGAUGUAAAUUAUUAGAGGACAGGAAAAAAAAGAUUGACAAAGAGAAAGACCUGUUACUUGGACCAUCACCAUUAGAUCUGUAUCUUAUUACAUCUUCAGGCAAGAACUUUUCUACCCCAUACAAAUCAGUACCAGAACUGUCAUAUCAUCAGUUUAAUGCUCCUCUUCCACCUGGAUUCAAUGAGGCAGAACAUGUGUUACAAGAUGUUUCUAAGGCAAGGAAUUGCCUAGAGGCUAACCUGCAAAGUGUAUUAAGGUCCCAACAGGAGAAUGAGGUUUAUGCCAUAUUAGAGAAUUUGCAUCAAAAUAGAUCAGAUCCAGGAAGAGCACAUUUGCAACAAAAGAUUGAUAAAUGGGUUACUAAACUAAGACAGCAAGUAGAGAGUGAGAUUACUGAUGAUGUAGUGGUAGCAGAAUUACAAAAGGCUCAUCUUCCUGUCUAUAAAAUACCUCCACCUAAAGUUAUUUCUACACAAAUUAUACAAGGCAAGGACAAAUUUGGUAUGACAAGACCAAUUUUAGGGCAGGCUAAACAUGGAGCAAGGAUUAACUUAGGCAGGAGACAACCUGGAAAAGAAAACAAACAAGAUUUGGUUAAACCUAUAAAGAAAGAUUCAAGGAAUUUAAAUGAAGAUGAAGAUUUUAUGAACAGAGUAUAUGGAAAAACUAGAUUCCAAGGAAAGAGGACAAUUGCCAAAGACCCUUAUCUACACUUCAAAACUGAAACAAAGCAGAAAGUGGAACAUCCUAAAGGAAUAACUUAUACAAAAGGACACACAGUAAGGUCAACUAAGUCUCAAACAUCUGUUGGAAUAAAGCAGUUUUAUUUCAAUCCAACACAUGGAACUUAUAUACCAGUCAAUACAAAUGAUACAUCAGGGCCCACUCCUGGAAGUCUUAUUCAAAUGGCAAUACCACUCGGUGAACCUAGGAUGGAAGGAGGAUUAACAGCUCCAGUUACCAUGACCACACAAAGGGGUCCAAUUACAUCUACUCCUGUGUCAAAAAUUCCAGUCACAGCUGAGAAAAAUUAUGCUCUAAUAACGGUUCCAGCAGAAAAUGUAAAUAUUCAGAAGAGAGCACAAGAGCUUGCAAAACAGGUAUUACCUAAUGUUGAUAUAGAUACAGAUUUAUCUGAGAUGUCAGAUAAAUAUAUGAACAAAAAAUCUGUGCUUUCAUCAUCAAGGUCAGAGCAAUCAAAAUGCAGACCACCAUCACCAACCAGAUCAGAGAAACAAAAAGAUCUGACAUAUAAAAGAUCUGAACACUCAUUAGAAAGAUCAAAUCAUAUUCAAUCUCUGCAUUAUUCUCCAAAAGACGAAUAUCAAGAUACUACUAAUAAGGUUGAUGCAGAGUUAACAGAAGUGGUAUAUGAUGAUGAUUUCUCACCAGAAUCUGCACCAGGCAUUGAAUUACCAGGUUACAAUGUACCUUCACCACCACCUCCUAGGCAAUCCUUCCCACCUGAUAUACCUGGGCAAAACAGAGUUAUUGCUGUCUCAGAUCAAAUAGCAGAAGAUAUUAAAAGACAAGAACAAUUAGAAAACAAGGCUGUUGAAUGGGUGGAACAAGAAUUGAUGGCAAAAGUAAUAUCCAAGAUGUCAACAAAUAGAACAAUUGAACCACCUCACAUCAGUCAUUUUGUUGAGGAAGUUGAAGAAAGCGUUUGUAGUGAUCAUGAAAAUUCCAUGUUUUUAAUGGAAGCGCUUGGUCAUAAUGGACUUCAGUUGUUUAUUGAUGCUGGUCAACCUGUAGACAUGUCCUUGGUUAACUCAUUAGUAAAAGAAUGUGUACUUGAGAAGGUCUUCAGUAUGUUGGGGAAAAAAUCUGAUGAUUUACAAACUGGUAUGGCUCAUACAGAGAUGAGAAUAUCCACAGCUAGUAGCACAGAACAUGGACAAAUCAGAGAUUUACAAAAGGAUGAAUUUGAUAACAGACAUGUUAUAACUCCCAAGCCAACACCGAAAUCCAGUCCUAUUAUGUCACCUGUACAAACGAAAUUGCCACCUUUAACACCACCAAACUCACCUCCUAUUGGCAAAGAAAUUUAUGAUAUUCAAAAGUUUGAAGUGAUUAAACCAGAAUAUGAGUCAGAAUUCUCAGAAUCUAUUGAUAUAAGUGAAGAAAUGAGACAGUUGCAAGGGAAAUUAUCAAUACCAGAAGAAAAAGUGAUGACACAAGAGAUACAUACAGUAGUCACCCCAGUUACAACUCCAGUUCCAGAGGAAGAUACAUUCAAAGAACAGAGAUCAGUGAGUCCCCGACCAUUAACACCAAGCAAUGAAAGAAAGGAAAUUGUAAUACCAACUAUACAGGCUCAAGGGACAGAAGUUUCAGAUGAAAGCACACAAAUGCCAGAGACUGCAGCGGUAAUAAAAGAAUCAGCUGUUGAAACAGUAUUACCUGAACCAUGGGGUGAUCCUAAUUUACCGAUACCAGAAGAAAAUCCUGAUUUUGACCUGGAAAUUUUGGAUCAUCCAGUACCAAUUACAUUGUGUGCAGCUCCUGCAGAUGACAUGGUGGCUACACAGUCCCUUAUUUCUUUACCUAGAUCUGGUUCUCCUAAAACUAUAACUCCUGAUGGCCAAUCUAGUCCAGUUCCAUCUGAUGAUAGUUCUACUCUGCAGUCGAGUGUAUCCGACACUUUUAACCAGAGUGUGUCAAUGGGUCAGUGGUUACUCAGUAAAAGUGAAGGUGAAGUGGCAGAUUAUAUAUUGAAUGAUGAUUUGAGACAAAGAAUUGCAAAGUCAUCAAAAAACAGGGGAGACUAUAGUAUAGCAGAUACACUAAAAGAUACCACAGAACUAGUAGAUGAAUCCAUGGAACCAAUCAGUGAAGGAGAAUUCCAGUAUCAUACAGACCUUUCACCAGAAAAGGAUCCAUUGCUUAAUUUCAUAGCAAGCCUUCAAAAAACACCACUUCAAGGUCAAUUUGCAAUGCCUGCUGACCACGUUCACCAGGUGUUAAAUCAAUCAGGAAAAAGUAUUGGAGAAGUAACAAUGGUAAGGCAGAGUGGUGACCAGCUAUCUAGAGAUCAAUUAAAUAUAUCACCAAUAUACAAGUAUCAACAUUCUAGAAUAACCACUCUUGAUUUAGAUCAGAAAAACCAGUCUCCAGAGAAAGGAGAAAAGAAUAGAGAUGGCAAUAGGUCUCCAACUCAGAAAAGAAAUGGUUAUUCACCCACAAAGGAGAAGUCACAUGACAUUUACCAUAGUAAUGGAUUCUUAAAUCAAGAUAUAAGCAUGCAAGAUUCAGCUGUGAUAAAUGAUCAGAAGAGAAGUUCAGUUGAAUUUAAUGAUAAACCAGAAAUUCUAUCUGGAAGGAAACAACAGGAUAAACAUCAUAUUCCCUCAGGUGGAAUAACUGUUACUCAAGGUGGCUUAAUGCCUGGUGGUCGCUCUGCAUUGAAAUCUGCAAUGCGAAAACCUCCCCAGAUAAAAAAAUCUGUGGAACAGCCAGAAAGAUCAGUUGGCAUGAACCAAUACCAUGCCAUCAAUGUUAGAAGUUCAGACAUGAAAGAUUCUUAUGAAGGAUCUCAGGAUCAGCUGAGUUCACAUGCAUAUACUCCAGAUCAAAUGCGUUUAGAUACUCUUGUGCAGUCUGGUUAUCUGACAUACUCUGGGGAGCUGAUUCGGUCUGGACAGUCAAUAGACAGAAGUACAUACAGAGAUUCAUCAGAAUAUAGAUAUAUGAAUCCAUCAAGAACUGAAAGAAGCCAGUCUCUUGGACUAACUUAUUCUUUUGAAGAAGAAGAUGAUUACAAUGAAAGGGAAGAUGACUACAAAAAAAGUGAUAACUUUGAAGAGCCUGUUAAAUUAAAAAUGUCUGUUACAUUACCAACAACAGAAGAUUCGAAUGAUGGCAGUCAGCUAUCUGAAAUUGACAUUACAGAUAGAAAUACAAAAUAAAAGAACUUGUAUACCCACUGUCCCAAACAAUUAUACCGUGGAUUCUUUUAUUUUUGUGGUUUCUAAUUUUCGUUGAUUGUGGAAAACUUGCAUAUUCGUGAACAUUAAUUUUCGUGGUUUUGUCGAAGUCUUUAUACAAACCUUUAGCAUUUGUCAUUAGUUGAACAUUAAAUUUGUGGUUCAAAGAAAUCCACGAAAAUUAGUAACCAACAAAUAUUAAAGAAUCCACUGUAAGUAGUCAAUUUUAAUUUCCUUCCUCAAUGGUGAGGUGAAUGAACUAUUUCCUCAUUGUAAACAUCUAAUUCUUUAAAUGUAUCGGUAGUAUUAAUUUUGUUUUUGGGUUUAGUUUUAACUGAUAAGGAUCAGCCUUAAUUUUUAAAAAUAGCUAGGAAAAAUUUUACAAUUUUGACAUAUCCAACAGUUAUUUUAUUUUAUAUAUUUAUAUGUGAUUUUCAACCAUGGCCUCAUUGUAAUACAAAAUGAAUACUAGUAGGUUUAUUUUGAUUUUUCUUCUUUAAAGGAGUAGGUUUUAUCAGGCACUAAAAUGGUUCCUUAUGUAGCUUAAGAUGGUACCUAACACUACAGGGAGAUAACUCUGUAAAUUCAGCUAAACGUUUUAAUUAUGUUGUGUUGUAAAAGAAAUAUUAAGCUUCUCAAUGAUCAAAAUUGGUGUUUGUCAAAUUGCUAUAUAACCAGUGUAAUUUUUCUGACAAAACAGUUGGUUCAAAAUUUUUUUAAUUUUUAUAUUUUUGUGAAAGUGUCAAAGUAAAUACUUCGACAAAAUUUCAUGAAAAUUAAACAAGCCAAAUUAAUUUUAGUGAAAGUGUUGGGUACCACCUUAAAUAUCAAAUAAGGAGUUAUUGACCAAUAUCACAAUAAAUCAUGAAUCAUAGGUAACACAGUGACUAAAAAGGAAAAAGGCCAUUUGUUGAAAAUUAAUGUACCUGCAUUUUAUUCACGAAGUCAAAAGUUUCCAUGAAAAAAUCAUUGUAAAUGUGUAAAAUUCCAUUGAUUAGUGGACAGAAAACAGAUAGCACAUAUAUCCACAAAAAAGAUCUUUUGAAAUAAUGUAUGUAAAGACAUUUUAUAUAUUAAUAAAUAAAUAAUAUUAUACAUUUAUAUAUUAAUAAAUAAAUAAUAUUAUACAUUUAUAUAUUGAUAAAUAAAUAAUAUUAUAAAUUUAACUUAAUAGAUAUUAAAUUUGUUGGCGUCUGUGCUCUAUCUUUCCUGGUCCUAAAUUUGGUUGAAAUCUGGUUGAUUUUGUAAAAUUUCGCCCAAAUCUCUUUCCUAGAUGUAAAAAUCAACACUUUUGAAUAAAACUUUGACAUAUAAAGUUAUAUUUGACUUUCUCACAUGUCUUUAAGGUGGCUCGUGGGUACAAAAAUUUCAGCAAAAAAUUAAAACUUUUUUUUUUCAUUACAAAUUUUAUCUAUUACAUUGUUAGUUAUUACUUUAUGAUAUGGGACAAAAAUCAACCCCAAAAAAUGAUUCGAUUUGGCCCAAGAUGACUUUUAAAAUGUUUAUAUCAUUUAGAAAGCUCUAAAUUAUCUCCAUUUGGUGCAAAAAUGCCAUUUUUUGGCAUUGAUUUGAAAUAUCUUUUUUAACUUAUCGGUGACCUAUAUUUUUUAUUAUUGUUAUCAAAUAAGCUGUACAUAAACUAAGCAAUUGUAAAAUUUAAGCAAUUUCUGUAAUUAGGUUAGUUUUUAUUUCGAUAUUACCUCUAUUUCUCUUAUUAGCUCAACAGAAAAAAAGGAAAUUAAGGAAGAUGUAUACUUCUUCCAGAGGCAGAUUGUGAGCUUAAAUGAACAGUGACCCCAUUUUUUUAUUUCAUUUUUCUUUUAAGUAUAUGAUAAAGUUCAUUUAUAAAAAAAAAUAAAGCGAAAUCCUGUAGUACAUGUACAUAUACUUUUUUCUGAAGAAAAUUCUUUAAUUUGUCCAAAUUCAGAAGAAAAUUAAUUUUUCUGAAUUGUUUGCUUCAAACCAACAAUUAACCAACAUGUUUUCUGUUUGCAGUUACCUUUCUCAUAAAAAUUCUGUAAUUGCAAUUACGCAAGUGUGAAGGGGAAAACCAAAUUGGCAGAGAGAGUCAACUUAAACAUUACCUGAAUAUCCAUGCUUCUUUGCUGAUUGUUUACAAAGGUGUGUAAACUUGAGCUUCACAGCACGAUCAUUUUACAAAAGUGACAAUUGAUAAACUUCAGCUUCUAAACACGACCAUUAAUUAGCAGCCAUUUUUUCACAACAACACUGACAAAAUGAAACUUUUUUUUUUACAACACGAAAUGGAUGCGUAAAAAAUUAUUAAAUCAAGCACAGAAGACUUAGUUUAAAAUAUAAGUAUGCAUUGGUUUCCUGAUUAAUGAACAAAAGUAAAUAAAUUGGAUUAACUUUAUUUUUAGCAGACCCCAAAAAUAUUUUUGUGGUUAUAUAUUGGUAUCACCUUGUGGUCAUCUGCUUCGUCCAGGAACAGUUGGUUUCCAGACAAUAACUUUAGUAUAAGUAAAUAGAAAUCCAUGAAAUUUAUACACAAUGUUUAUAACCUCAAAAGAAAGGUCGGGAUUGAUUUUGGGGGUUAUGGUCCUAACAGUUUAGGGAUGACUCUGGGGACAAAAAAGGUUACCCAAAUAAGCAUUUUAGUAGUUUCCAGACAAUAAUUGUGUUUAAGUGUAUGAAUCUCUCUGAAAUUAUACAAGUUUCCAUACAACAAAGGGAUGGUUAGGAUUGACUUUGUGGGUAUAUGGCUCAAACCACUUAGGAAUUUGGGGCAAAAAAAGGGCAAAACAAGGUUUUCCUGGUUAAUGGACUAUAAGAUAAUUUUAAAGCAGCAUAAGGGAGGUAAUCCUAUCACAUUCAAAGAAGAAUGUAUUUCAAUAGGUAUUAUGGUGAAUAUAAUUGUGUAUUUACAGGGUUCUCGCUAAGGAUUUUUUAGAGGUGAGUCCAGGGCUCUCGGUCAUAAAACUUUACUCAGUCCUCGAAAACAAAAUAAGUGCUUGAAACACAAAAUCCAGUAUUUUGAUUAGUAGAAUCUUGAGUCUGAGAACAAAAAUUGUGCUCGAAAGUUUUAUGACCGCAAGUCCCGGGACUUGUCAUUUUUAGCCAUGAUGAGUCCAACAUCAAGAAGAAAAUAGUCUCCAUUUCCUAACAGUGCAAUGAAAUGACAUUAAAUUCAGAUUUCCUUUUACAUUUUGCUGUAAAAUGAUGAGUUUGUGUUUAACUGUGUUCAGUUUACCCUUCCGGAGCACCUGAGAUCACCCCUAGUUUUUGGUGGGGUUCGUGUUGUUUAUUCUUUAGUUUUCUAUGUUGUGUCAUGUGUACCUUUGUUUUUCUGUUUGUCUUUUUCAUUUUUAGCCAUGGCGUUGUCAGUUUGUUUUAGAUUAAUGAGUUUGACUGUCCCUUUGGUAUCUUUCGUCCCUCUUUUAUACAAAAUAUUUCAAUCUUGAUACAUCUGUGGACUCACCAGAUUGAAAAUGGUGAGUCCAGACAGAUUUUGAUGAGUCCAGGACUCAUGGAUUCGACUUAGUGAGAACCCUGUAUAUAUAUAUUGAAUAUUGGACCAUAAAAGGUAAAAGUCCAAUUUAUUUUUUUAGUUCUUUGAAGGAGUUCAGUCUAUGUGUCUAUGUCAUAAACUAAUGCUGUGUCAUAUUUUUAAUCACAAUCCAAGUUCAGUGAUGUAUCAAGCUUGGAUAAGUUGUCCACACUUGCCCCAACUAUGCAGACCCUUGUAGUCACAUUAAGCUGCACCCAGUGGAGCAUUUCAUUUAUAUUAUUUAGAAACUGUUUGAUAUUUAUUCAUGCUUAUCUCAACAAGAUUGAUUUUCUUGCUUAAGCUGGUACAAUGAAAGUAAAAAGAUGACCAAUAAUAAUCUGAUUAUCGCUAUUUUACCUAUGAAGACAUUGUUUAUUUCCUUGUCAACAGAACAUGUUUCCUAAAUUCCCUUAGAUUCUAGCAAUUAUUUAUAUAUCACUUGACUCUGUUUUCAUAUCAUUUGACUAUGUUUUCAUAUCACUUGACUCUGUUUUCAUAUCACUUGACUCUGUUUUCAUAUCACUUGACUCUGUUUUCAUAUCACUUGACUCUGUUUUCAUAUCACUUGACUCUGUUCACUUGACUCUGUUUUCAUAUCACUUGACUCCGCUGAGAAUGGAUAUUAUCAGUCAGCAAGAUCAAUUAAAAAUUUGUAGAAUAGGAAUACUAUAGGAUUGUUACAUUUUUGUUGAGCCUUCGACUUUAGUCGAAAAAGCGAGACUAAGCGAUGCUACAUUCCGUCGGCGGCGGCGGCGGCGGCUUAGUCCACAAAUAUUCACUCUGUGGUUAAAGUUUUUAAAAAUUUAAUAACUUUCUUAAACUAUUCUGGAUUUCUACCAAACUUGGACAGAAGCUUGUUUAUGAUCAUAAGAUAGUAUCAAGAAGUAAAUUUUGUAAAAAAAAAAUCCAUUUUUUUCUGUAUUUUAUUUAUAAAUGGACUUAGUUUUUCUGCGGGGAAACAUUACAUUCACUCUGUGGUUAAAGUUUUUUAAAUUUGAAUAUCUUUCUUAAACUAUACUGGAUUUCUACCAAACUUGGAUAGAAGCUUGUUUAGGAUCAUAAGAUAGUAUCCAGAAGUAAAGUUUGCAAAAGUAAAAUUUCAUUUUUUCUGUUAUUUCCUUAUAAAUGGACUUAGUUUUUUUGCGGGGGAAACAUUACAUUCACUCUGUGGUUAAAGUUUUAAAAAUUUUAAAAACUUUCUUUAACUAUCCUGGGUUUGUACCAAACUUGGACAGAAGCUUGUUUAUGAUCAUAAGAUAGUAUCCAGAAGUACGUUUUGUAGAAAAAUAAACAAGUUUUUUUUUGUAUCAUACUUUUAAAUGGACUUAGGUUUUCUGCUAGCAAACAACAUAUUCACUCUGUGGUUAAAUUUUUUAAAAAAAUAAUAAUUUUCUUAUACAUGUGUAUUAUUUUAAAUUUGUACCAAACUUGGAUAGAAGCUUGUUUAUGAUCAAAAGCUAGUACAAAUGUAUCUAGAAAGGAAAUUUUGUUAAUAUUUGGUACCUGUGUAUCUGUAUUUUACUUAUAAAUGGACUUAGUUUUUCUUCCAGUUAACAUUACAAAGAGUCUGCAGUUAAAGUUUUUAAAACAUUUAUUUGAUUCAUAAACUAUACUGAAUUUUUUACCAAACUUGGACAGAAGCUUCUUACAAUCAAAAGAUAGUAUCAAGAGGGAUAUUUUUAUUGAUUGUUUUCCUCAUUCUUGUUGAGCCUUGUAGGUACAGCAAAAGUAGGCAAGACAUUGGGUUCUGCGGAACCCUUACAAAUUUUUUAACAAAAAUAAUGGGAGAAUUAAAAAAAAAAGGUGCUUAUAUGAGUACUGCUAUACUUAAUUGUAAACAAAACUAUUUACUAUUUAUAUAAAAGUUAUGUUCAAUUAGUGAUGUCCGCUACUUAGAGAUUAAAAGAUUGUGAAAAGUUGUUCUUAAGAAAAGAAAUGAACAGCUAGAUGUUUCUUGGUUAAACACAAGACCUUUUGUAAUCGUCUUGUUUAACAUUUGUAAUUACUUUUUUUACUGUGAUACAUUUUAUAUCUUGGUAUUUUUUUAAAGCUUUAAAGCUAGAUGUUUUACAUCUUUAAUUAGACUUUAUAUUAUUAAAGAUGUAAAUUAAAGAU